CCAAAACUGUCCUAGGCAGCAUUUUCUCCUGCAAGAGUGCCGGAUAUAUUUUGUUCCUUAGACACAUAUAUAUAUAUACACACUACCAAUGGCUCGACCUGGCAAUUUCCAAAACCUAUCCUUUUUUACAAAAAGUGGAAGACAUAUCCCUAAAGACUCCCAUGGAAUGCCAGCCUUUUUCAAACAGUCAUGGGGACCACCCAGUGUCUAUGGAGGAGCAGGAGGCUCCGGCACCCGAAUUUCAUAUGGCAGUAACUACGACAAUACCUUUGGCAAUAAGUUGCAACGCAGCAGUUCCAUAAAUGAACUGCUGCUUACAUUCAAUGAAAAAACUACCAUGCAGAAUCUGAAUGAACGUUUGGCUGCGUACCUGGAAAAGGUACACACCUUAGAAAGUUCGAACUCUGAGUUUGAAAGAAGGAUCCGGGAAUGGCAUCAAAAGAGUUCCCCUAUUGCUAAGCAAGACUAUAAUGACUUCUUUAAAGUAAUCCAAGAACUUCAAGAUAAGAUUACCAAAGCCCGAGUAGAUAACACCAGGAUCAUAUUGCAAAUUGACAAUUCCAAGUUGGCUGCUGAUGAUUUCAGAGUAAAAUAUGAAACUGAGUUGAACCUGCGAAUGUGUGUGGAAAAUGACAUCUCAGGGUUACAGGGACUAUUUGAUGAGCUCACACUAGUUAAGACUGAUCUGGAGCACAAUAUUGAGAAUCUGAAAGAAGAUUUGGCUUACCUCAAGAAAACACAUGAGGAGGAAAUAGCAGAAUUACGUGGACGGCUGAGGGGGCAUGUUUCUGUGGAGCUAGAUGCUGCUCCAAGCAUUGAUCUGGGCCAAGUGAUGGAAAAAAUGCGUCAACAAUAUGAAGUCAUGGCUGAAAAGAACCGCCAAGAAGCUAAGGAUCGGUUUGAUAAACUGAUUGACCAAUUGAAUGUGGAAGUCACCACAACUACCCAGGAACUUGAAACACACAGAAGUGAGAUUACAGACCGGAAGAGUGUACUCCAAAGUCUGGAUAUUGAACUACGAUCUCAACUGAACUGGAAAAAUGAACGAGAGAAUGCAUUGGCAGAAACUGAAGCUCUUUACAGAAAUAAAUUUGCUGAAAUUCAAAUGGCCAUUGAAAACGUUAAGGCCCGACUAAAGCAGCUGCGGCAUGACAUGGAACAACAGGCUAUGGAAUACAGCACCCUCUUGGACAUUAAAGUCAAGCUAGAAGAAGAGAUUGCUACUUAUCGCAAACUCCUGGAAGGGGAGAAUUGGAGAAUGACUGCUUCAGAUUUAGAGACAAGCAAAGAAGCUGAACAAGAAAAGAAUAAAACUCUGAGGAUCAAGACUGUGAUUGAAGAAAUGGUGGAUGGAAAAGUAGUAUCCUCCCAAGUUGAUGAGAGAGAAGAGAAGAUGUAGAGUCAGCCAUGAAAUAAAUGGCAUGUUAUGUUUGUAACAAACAUAACGAAAGAAAAAAUGAUUUCAAAAAUUGUCUUCCUGAAGAAAACGAAAAUUCUUUGCUGUAACUUUAAAAUUAUCCUCUCCAAUCCACUCUUCUCCUAAUUUCUACGGUAAAGGAGAGCAAACAAGAUUAAUUUAGAAAGAGAAAUCUGCUCUAAAGGAAUAAUUUCAAUCAUGUUAUUAAAUAUAAUUUCUUAUUUUCUACUUUAGUUAAAAGAACAGAAAGCUCUUUGUUUCUUCAUUGAUUGCAUAAUUGGGCACUUGUGUUAAAACCAUUUGACUCACUGAAUGAUUUCCUCAAUGUUUCCCUUGUGACAAGGGAUAGGCAGAAGUUUGGGUCCAGGGAACUGCCCCAGAUAUUGGGUAAACCCUUUCAGUUGUGCCCUUGAACAUGCCUAGCCCUGUCACACACAGCGCUUAGCCAUACAUCCAAUCCAUGUCACUCCACACACAUUGCUCCCUCUUGUAGUCAUCUGCACUCCUUAAUUUUAAAAAUUAAUUAUGACAAAUGGGAAGUCAUGACUUUUUCUUCCCAGCAAAGAAAUAGUUUACUAUUACUGUAUUCUUACUGCUCUAAAUUCAUUGUACACACACACACAGAGAGAGAGAGAGAGAGAGACAUACAUACACACACAUGCACUAAAGCUAAGGCUGGUUUCAUAGGGAAAAUGGAAGAAUUCACUCACUAUUCAAAAACAGCUUCUGAGAUGCAGACAAUCCAUGAGCUACAAAUGGACCAGUCCUGUCUGAGUAAAAAUAUGGGUUGAUUGGUAGUGGAAUAAAUCACUCAUGAUUUAUGUUCUCUUAAUUUUAAUGGAAAUUUAGUGAAACUAAUUGAAAGUUUGAAUCUUCAAACUCAGAUUUAUUAAUCAAAAUAAGUUGCAGCGCAAAACUGGCUCCAAUCGAAUUGCUUAAUCAGCCAUUUAAUUUAAAAUUGGCAUUCCUAAAUCCUUGGUGCUAAAUAGAGAUAUGUGUUAUAUAUCUGGGCCUUAGAUUGUGGAUUCUAUCUUAAAAUUAAAUAA